GUGAUAGCCCCACGUCUUGCAAUCAUCAGUUGGUGGGCUUUCAAGUUACGAGAACUAACUCGCUCAUAUCCUCACAGCUGAGCAUCUCGACUCUUAACUCAAACGAACAAGAAAAAUGUUGCAAAGACAAGUUCAAGCUAAGAUUUUCGCCAAGCGCAAUGCCGAAGAGGAGCGUGAAGCUCAGGAAUGGAUCGAAACGAUUUUAGGUGAGAAGUUCCAAGCCCCGUACGAGGACGCUCUUCGUGAUGGCCAGAUCCUUUGCCAGCUUAUCAACAAAUUGGCACCUGGAUCAGUCCCCAAGAUUAACACAUCCGGCGCCCAAUUCAAGCUGAUGGAGAACAUCCAAAAGUUCCAGAAGGCGAUCAUGGCGUACGGAGUAGCUGAAUUAGACGUUUUCCAAACAGUCGAUCUCUGGGAGAAGAAAGACAUUUCCCAAGUUACUACCACCAUCUUUGCCCUAGGCAGAACGACAUACAAACAUCCAGAAUGGCCCGGACCGUGGUUGGGCCCCAAGCCUGCUGAAGAAAACAAACGUGAGUUCUCCGAUGAUGUUAUUGCGGCUGGUAAAACUGCCAUUGGUCUCCAAGCUGGAACAAACAAAGGAGCUACCCAGGCUGGCCAGAAUAUGGGCGCUGGCCGAAAAAUCAUCCUCAACAAAUAAUUUUUUUUAGUUCGAUCAAAAGUAGAUGCCUUUUUUCACUUGAUUAAUUUUUUUUUUCUGAUCAUUUCUAUUUGGCGGCUUUUGAUGUUUACAAUUUUUAUCUUUUAAAACUUCCCCUUUUUUCGUGUGUAUUUUGGAGCCUAUCUUGGAAAACAUUUUUAAAGAAGAUGAAUGUUAUUUUGAUAUGUAUGAGGCGCGGUAGAAAGCAAAAGUUCCAGAAACAGAAGAGGAGAAACCAAGCAACGGAGAAUUUUUUUUAAAACAUUGUUGUCUUUUACAUUUGAAUAUGUAGUGGAUUUCAUGAUGAACCUUUGAUCAGCAAUACAAUGAUUUCCCCCUUUA